AUGUGUUUACCUUUUGACAAUAAAAAACCAAAUACUUUUUAAGGAAAGAGAUCAGUUUUUCAAUUAUAAUUGAUUGCUUUUAUAUAAUUGGCAUUAUUAUUUGCCAGAUAAGUGGUCUCAUUCAAAUUAGGAGAACUAUUUGAAAUUUUCUUUAUAAUCUUAUUAUGGUCUGCUUGGUCUUCUUUAGGAAGUUGUCAAUGCCUUAUUUACAUUGUUAUAACUUUAUAUAAUGUAUUCAUUAUAAUUACCCAAGAUUUUAUUAAAAGGGCUAUAUUUUGCUACUCGUUUUUAGAAUGAAUUACCCUUAUUUGGUGAAACAGGAACUGAAAAGAUUCUAGGAAUUUUACAUUUGACAACACUUUUCUUCUACAUUAUUGCCCAAUAUAUUGUCUUUCUGGCUUAUAGAGAAUUCAUGGCUUUGGAAAUUGAGAAAGACUAUAUAGUUGAAGAUCCUGAAAGUAUGGAUUAAUUUACAUAAAGGGAGACCUCUACAAUAAAAUGAAAGAAACUAAUAGACCCCUGCCAUAAAAAACUCUGCCUUUACAGGAAAAGGAAUAACAAUUGGUUGA